AUGUCUAAUACUAUGCCUGACACUGCAUCUAAUACCACAUUUAAUACUACAACUCAUGCACUAACCACUAGGACUACUACUGCCACAUCGGCUAUUGCAACUAUUGAGCCUACAUCUACCGAGCCUACAACUAUCAUGCCUACAACUACUGAACCUACAACUACUGAGCCUACAACUACCGCACCUACAACUACUGAGCCUACAAUUACUAUACCUGUUACUUCAAAAACACCAAAAAAAUUAGAAACAGUUGUUGAAAUUAUAAGAGAACUCAGAAAUGAAAUUGAUGUUAUGAUGGAUUUGUAUGAUAGUGAAGAUGAAGACCCAAAUCAUAG